AUGGGCUCCGCUGCGGACAAUGCUCGGGCUCAGGGCGGUCAGGACGAGAAGUCCAGGUCAGACGCCGAAGGUGAUGGCGACCGACCAGAGACUGAGGGCCACGGGGAGACCGGGCAAGCUGUGCCGGAGAUGCAGCAGCCCAACGUGGAGGAGGGCAGUGAUCCUCUAAAACGGCCUGAUGGCGAGAGCCUAGUGCAGGAGUUGAUGGAGGAAUUCAGGGAGGACUGGGAGCCCGCGGUGGAGGCGUUGAACGAAGCAGAAGAAGCUUUUGGCCUGGGAGGCGCCCAAUCCUUGGCUCAGCACUUUACGGGGGGCAAGGGCAUCUGGCAGAGCAGCGAGGGCUGGCGGGCAGCCCGGGAGCUGCGAAAGACAUUGGCAAAGCUGCCCGAGUUGAGGAAAUUGGUGCACCGCAUUGGUCGCCGUGCGGCCGUGAAGGGACCCAGACGAUGGUUGCCGGGAGAAGAGGAGGAGUUGGUCGCCAGCCACGGUGUGGCGCGUAGCGUCUCUGCGCCCACGCAGACGGCGGGGCUCACGCGGAGCGGCUGUGUGGAGCUGAUGCUACCCAUGGAGGCUCAUUUGCUGGUCUAUGGCCGUCGCCACCGUUCGGUGAGGGCCCUGCACCACUCGCGACGCCUGGAACAGUCGCUGCUGAGUUACCAGAGGGCCUCGUGGCUGGACGUGCCAACGCACGAACGCCUCUCCGAGGAGAUGCGCCCCGCUGGGGAGAAUGGUCCCUUGAUCCUUUGCCUGGACACCAGUGGCAGCAUGGGGCGCAAAGGAGGUGCACCCGAGACCGUGGCCAAAGCCUUGGUGUUUGAAUGCCUCCGCCAAGCACAGCAGCAGAAACGUCGCUGCUACCUCUUCGCGUUCUCCACGGGCGAAGAUCUGCAGGAGAUGGAGCUGGACUUGACUUCCGACAACCUGCAAGGUUUAUUGGACUUUCUCAGCUGGGCCUUUCAUGGUGGCACCUCUCUCAACGAGGUGCUCACCGCCAGCGUGGAACGACUGCAUUUGGCCAACUGGCAGAAUGCCGAUCUGUUGCUGGUGACAGACGGUGAAGUGCCACGGGUGGAAGAAAAAGUCAUGGAAGAAUUGGAGGAAGCGAAAUCCUGCGGUGCGCGUGUCUAUGGCGUGGUGGUGGGCAACAAGACCGGCUCCGUGAUGAUGGAGGUGUGCUCGGAGCUAUAUCACUUCUGCCAACGGCCAGGCGAUUUCCACCCGACCGAAGGCACCGCUCGCGGUGCCCUCGACUCGCGCAGCUGGGCGCUGCGGCGCGUGGCCACCGCGGCGUUACCGCCGAAGCGAGGGAGGUCACUAUCUACCAAAGCGGCUUUGACAGGUGCCACCCUGCCGGGUUCACCACAGACCUCCAGCGUGCGCGGCGUGUGCGGCGCUACUGUCUGUGCCUAUGGGGCGUCGCAGCAGCGCCGGGGGAUGGAGACGCGGGAAGAGCGACAAACGCGCGAGCAACGCUGGGCAGAGCGAGAGAAAGCCAGGAACAAUGAGCACGAGAAGGAGUUGGAGUCGAAGAUGGGCAAGCGAUGGCAGUGGGUCGGCGGCCGCUGGCUCACCAAGGAGGAGGCUGAAGCACAAACUGCGAAGAUCGAGCUGGUCUACCAAGAGUCGCGAUUGGGAGAGGCGAACCUGCAGUUGGAACUGAAGCGCCACUUUCAGAGCAGGUUCCUGCCGCCGCACGGUGCGCAGUCGCAGCCCGAUGAUCUGGUGGCGGCACAGUGGGCUGAGGAGUUCCUCACGCGCUUCCAGGACCAGCUGCUCUCGCUGCUGGUGCGCGCCUCUCGGGAGGCGUCACGGCUGGGCUGCGCCAAGUUCGAGCCGCAGGCGGCGUUGCUCGGCCUCUUCCGGUGUCCGGUGGGCAAGGAGAUUUGUCGGCAGGGCCUUGAUGGAAGCGAAGAGGACGUCACGGAGAGGUCAAGACAGCAACUGGAGCGUUGUCUGCGACGUACCGCGGAGGGCAGUUUCGACUUCGAAGAUUUGCCCUUCAGCCCGGACCUCCGACACCUCUUGGAGUCUGUCGAGGCGGAGCGUGCUCGGCUGCAACACGAUGAAGCUCAGGUGGGCCACUUGGCCCUGGCCCUUACAGCACCGCAGUUUCGGGGCACCUGGGGACCGCUGGAGGAGGAACUCGGUGUCAAGCCGCAGCAGCUGCGGCCCGCCGCGCUGGCGUCGCUGGGGGGCUUCUUCGCGCAGGCCGAAGCACAGGCGGAGGCGUGGCUGAUCGGUCUUUGCAGCGAUCUGCAUGAGCCCCGUGGGGCAGGAGCUUCGAAGCCGCUGAAGGGCCUGGCCUCGGCCUAUGCCAAGCUGACGGAUGGCCUGGUGGAACGAUCUGUUGAGGCCAAAUUGCUACUUCUGGCUGCUCUUGCAGGUGAACAUCUCUUCCUACUGGGAUCUCCUGGCACUGCCAAGAGCCUGUUGGCCCGGCGGCUCUCGAAGGUGUGCGAAGGCUCCUACUUCGAACGGUUACUCACCAGGUUCACAGUGCCCGAAGAGCUCUUCGGGCCCUUGUCCCUGCAUGCGCUAGAAGAGGAUGAGUUGCGACGCAAGACCCAGGGCUACCUGCCUGAGUGCGACGUGGCCUUCAUCGAUGAGAUUUUUAAGGCCAACUCUUCAAUCCUCAACUCGCUGCUGGUGAUCCUCAACGAGCGUCGCUUCGACAACGGCGACCAGCGCGUCUUGGUGCCGCUCUGGACGGCGGUGGCAGCCUCCAACGAGCUGCCGGACACGGAAGAGCUGGAUGCCUUGUACGAUCGCUUCCUUCUGCGGCGCCACGUCUCCCGUAUCUCGCGCAGGUCGGUUCCCGACUUCUUGAAGAUGACGUUGAGCAGAGAGGAAGCGAAGGGCACGGCCGCUGGCGCAGGCGGCGCCGGCGGCGCUGGCGUUGCAGCGCGCGUGGGGCAAGUUGGCACGCUGCUGUCCAUCGAGGACUCCUGGGACCUUCAGAGCCGCGCCACGGACGUGGACUUCCCGGAAGAUCUGCUGGUGGUGAUUGCAGACUUACGCGAGUUCCUCGCUGAGGCCGAGCCGCGCUUCGAAGUCUCGGACCGGCGCCUGGCGCGCAGCGUGCGGCUGCUGCGCAUCGCGGCGGCAGCGGCAGGCGGCACCACAGUGGUGGAGGCCGACUUGCUGUUGCUGCGGCACAUGUUCUGGGACCGUGAGCCCGAACAAGGUCAACUGGUGACUGAGUGGCUGCUACGGCGCUUGGGCGACACGGGGGAUGGCAAGAAGGCCUGGUCCUUCCUGCUGGAGGGUCUUCAGACGCGUUUGAGGCACGGUGUGCGCGGCCCGGCCCUGGAGGCUGCCAGGAAGGACCUGCGGAACCUGCAGCAGGCCGCCUCCCGCGCCAUGCUUCGCUUAGCGCAGAUCGCGCGCGACGCGCCGACGCCGCUGAAGGAGGAGGGCACUUCCACCGGGGGCGUCACGGUGGACCGCUUCUUCUGGUUGAGUGAUGCGGAGCGGCGGCAUGCGGCGGAGCUGGGGGACAAGUGCGCCGAGGAAGCAGAGAAGCUGCAGGAACUGCUGAAGGAGGUGUCAGUGUUGAUUCAAACAGUUGCCGUGGAAGACGACCGCGAGCGCGAGCGACUGCUGGCGCGGCGCCUGGGGAUUCAGCGCCAGAACCAGGAGGACAAGGCGAUUCGCUACGAUGAGUGGGGCGAUGAGAUCUGA